GGAUGUAAUGGUAUGGGGUGCAUGUGACGCCGUCCCAAGAUAAGUGAAAGAUCGGCUGCCAAUGGAAACGCCACUCGUUGUGCUACACUAGAUCCCAAGGGCUCCUUCUCAGCUUCCAUUUUAUUGGGUUCUGAGUUCUCGGUCCGUGAAAGACUGAAGUUGCACCCGAGCUAAGUAAUGUUAGUUUUGCUUGAAAUAGCACAAGCGAAACAACACCGUACCACCGUAAUCCGAACUUGUAAUCCUAUAAGACCAACCUCGUUACUCGCCGCCAUCUCAAGGCAACUUUUGGAGAGUAAUAUACGUAUAUAAGCUACCACCUCGAAUCCCUAUAUACUACACUACAACACUUGAGAAUGCCUCGUCCGUGGGAAUUCAACGAGAGCCCCGAGCCGGAAGAGGAGCGACGGACCUUGCUCCGAGAAGGCGAGGAAAAAGUGCAGCGCGUCUUUUCCGACUUCAUCGAAUUCGCUUUCUCGGGCAACAUUCUUGAAAUUGCGUUCGGUUUGAUCCUAGCAACGGCAUUUACAGCCGUCACCACCUCGCUCGUGAGCGAUAUACUUCUCCCUCCACUCUCCAUCAUCCUCCCACUACGAAGAAACAUGGGCGAGAAGUUCGCGGUGCUGAGACCAGGGCCGAAUUAUAACGACCAAGAUGGCUACAACACCCUAGAUCAGGCGCAGAGUGACGGGGCCGUCAUUCUAGCUUAUGGUGUAUUUCUCAACAAGUUCAUCAAUUUCCUAGGUCUCGGCCUAGCCCUGUACGGCCUAGCAAGCUUGUACCAGUACCUGUCGAACGACCCUAUCAUCAAGCAUACCGUCAAGUGUCGAUACUGCAAAAAGAGUGUUGGCGCAAAGGCAAUCCGGUGUGUGAAUUGCACUAGCUGGCUCGAUGGGCGCGAAGAGCGGAUGCGAUAGACGAUCCAUAGUUACGAGUUGCUUAUCGGAGAUAUUAAGUGAAUAUCGUGUUUCCGAGAAUGUCUCAUAUAAACGCCUUGAUAGGCUUUAGACCGCUUGAUUUAGCAUGUUCGAUCCGAUCAUUCUCGUCAUUGGGCUUCGGUGUUGGCGUAGAUCGGCGCAGGGCACCAGUGAAGUUC